AUGAUCCUUGCUGCUGCAAGUAAAUAUUUUCAAACAAUGUUUAAUGGAUCAUUUCGAGAAUCAACCGAUAGGGAAGUUAGAAUCCAAAUUGAUAGUGAGUCAUUGAAUAUGAUCAUCAAGUAUAUUUACACAGCUUCGAUUGAGCUUUCAACUGAUUCAGUAGUUGAAAUUCUAGAAAAUGCACAUCUCUUCGAAUUGCAAACUAUUGCUGAUAAAUAUAAUCUAAUUAAUUUGUAUGAAAAAUCAGAGAACUACAUUUGUGAUAAUUUCGAAGUAAUUUACAAAGAAGAAAACGAAGAAUUUUUAAACCUGGAUUGUGAUAUUUUAAAUAAACUUAUUUCGAGUAAUAAGUUGCAGGUAGAAUCCGAGGAGCAAGUCUUUAACUGCAUUAAAUCUUGGGUGGAUCAUGACCGAGAUAAUCGAACAAUAUGCUACGAUACACUCCUUCAGAAUGUUCGUCUUCCACUGAUAAAUCCUGUUUUCAUAACCAAUGUCAUACAAAAGGUUUGCGAGUCUACGGAAUGCAAAAUGCUUAUCAAUAAAACGUUGCAAUGGCAUUUAUUGCCACAAUUACGUCCGGUUUUGUUUUCUGAAAAACUCAUUCAACCAAGAUAUCCAAAACACACUCUUUUGGCCAUAAGUGGAUGGGCCUCUGAAGACAAUCUAGAUGUUCUUCAAGUUGGAGAAUUUAGUUUUAAAUUAAAUAGAUGGAGCUAUACAACAUGGCCAGCUCCUCCAAAGAGGAUAUGA